AUGAAAAUGGCGUCUCCGACAAUUGAUCUUUUGAAGAGUGAGAUUCCAUUUGAGCAGGAGAAAAUGGUUCUGUCUGGAGAUGUUGUGUCUGGUCUUGUUCUUGUGGACAUCGUCAAUGGUUUCUGCACUGUUGGUGCUGGAAAUCUGGCUCCAAGAGAGCUCGAUAUCCAGAUUUCAGGAAUGAUUAAUGAAUCAGAAAGGCUAGCAAGAUUGUUCUGUGAGAAGAAAUGGCCUAUUAUGGCAUUUCUUGAUUCUCAUGAUCUUCACAGGCCUGAGGAACCAUAUCCUCUUCAUUGUAGUAAGGACACCGAUGAGUCCAAUUUAGUUCCUGCUCUUCAAUGGUUAGAGAAUGAAGCAAAUGUAACAAUCAGGCGCAAAGACUGCUUUGAUGCAUACUUAGGUUCAAUUGAGAAUGAUGGUUCAAAUGUUUUUGUGAACUGGGUGAAGAAGAAUCAGAUCAAAUCUAUAUUAGUUGUCGGGAUAUGCACAGAUAUAUGUGUGAUGGACUUCGUUUCCUCAACAUUAUCGGCAAGAAACCGUGGUUUUCUCACCCCUCUACAGCAUGUCGUGGUGUAUUCCCGUGGAUGCGCUACAUUUGAUGUUCCCAGAAACAUCAUAGGAGCUUUAGCUCAUCCUCAGGAGUUCAUGCAUCAUGUUGGCCUGUGCAUGAUGAAAGAAAGGGGAGCAAAAAUAGCAAGUGAAGUGUCAUUUGAUGCCAAAAGCCAGGGUGCUUAG